GCCGCGUCCCCUGCCCCGCGCCGGCCCCGCGCCUCCUCCCCGGCCGGCGGCGGUGGGUGCGCGGCGGGCCGACCUCUGCGGAGGCGGCGGGGGCUCAGCAUCGGGCCGGGGCCGGGGGGGCGCCGGGGCCGGGGGGCGGCGCUCCGGCCCGGCCCGGCCCCGCCCGAUGUCCAUGAGCGCGAACACCAUGAUCUUCAUGAUUCUGGGGGCGUCGAUCGUGAUGGCCAUCGCGUGCUUGAUGGACAUGAACGCGCUGCUGGACCGAUUCCACAACUACAUCCUCCCGCACCUGCGGGGCGAGGACCGCGUCUGCCACUGCGACUGUGGCCGGCACCACGUCCACUACGUGAUCCCGUACGACGGGGACCAGUCUGUGGUGGACGCCUCCGAGAACUACUUCGUGACGGACAACGUCACCAAGCAGGAGAUCGACCUCAUGCUGGGACUGCUGCUCGGCUUCUGCAUCAGCUGGUUCCUGGUGUGGAUGGACGGCGUCCUGCACUGCGCCGUGCGCGCCUGGAGGGCCGGCCGGCGCUACGACGGCUCGUGGACCUGGCUGCCCAAGCUGUGCAGCCUGCGGGAGCUGGGCCGGCGGCCGCACAGGCCGUUCGAGGAGGCGGCCGGGAACAUGGUGCACGUGAAGCAGAAACUCUACCACAACGGUCACCCGAGCCCGCGGCACCUCUGAGCCGCGCGCAGGACUCGCGGGGCCGCCGGCCACCGCGCCCACGCUCACGGGACUGGACGGCCGGCCCGGGCCAGGGCGCCCGCGGCCGUCGGGCGCGUCUGGCGGAAGGUGCUGUCUCCUCUUCUUUUUAUAAAGGGGGUCGGGGUGGGGCCCGGGAGGGGGCGCGGCGGCGGCGGCGGCGGCGGCGGGGGCGCGGGCGGGGCCGCGCGCCCAGCCCGGGACCACGUCCGCCGCUGGAAACCGGCGGCUCCCCGCGCGCCCGCAUCUGUCUCUCCGUCCGUCGGUCCGGUUCCCGGAGCCGGAGCCAGAGCCAGUUCUGCGGGAGGGGAGCGCGGCCGGGAGGGGGGCGGGACUCCGGCGCGCCCACGUCUGCACGCGGGAGCACGUGCACGAGGCGUGGGCGUCCGCCGGCCGCAGUGGGGGGCGCGGGGCAGGGGUCCGGGGGAGGCCCCGGUCCAGCAAUAAGGCCCCCGAGCCCUGCUGCGGCAAGUGCGGCCACCCUGCCCUGGGCAUCCCGGGUCGGGCGCCUCACUGUGACUCCCACCCCUGCUGGUCAGUAAAUUCUCCAGAAAGCUCCA